UAUAGAGCUACAGAAAAUUAUCUGUUUGUGAACAAAUAACCCCAACUGUAAUAUCAUAAAUAUUUGCAAAAAAAUACAAUAGUAGGAAGUUGGAAGAAAUGAAAGGUGUACCUUUUCAUAACAUUUAAGUCAUUUUAUAAGAGCUCUAAAGGAACCCACCACACUUGUUUGUAGAUCUGUUUGUAGAUCUGUAGCUCAUAUGGAUAGUGAGUUAUUGAAAAUAAAACCCAUAACUGGUAAUAAACAUAUAAAAUCAGUGCAAUGGAAAAUGGAAAUUCUAAUGGGUGGACUAUGGAUGAGGGAGGUCUGUGACCUAACAUCAAGUAGUUUUACAGGUAUAUGUAUUUUGGAAAAUAAACUAUUGAAAAUUAGAUCUGUACUUGAACAAAUAACCACAGCUGUAAUAGGAUAAAUAUUUGUAGAAAAUCAAAGGGGAGGAAUGUAGAAAAAAAAGGUAUACCUUUCAUAAGAGAGGCAAAGGAACCCAAUGCCCUUGUCUGUAGUUCUGUAGUUCAUAUGGAUAGGAAGGUAUUGCAAUUUAGACCUGUAACAAGAAAUAUGCCUAUAAAUUCUGAGAAGUGGUGAUCUGGAAAUAUUAUUAAUAUAGCAUGGAUGAGGGGGUCAGUGACUUCACAUGGAUAGGAACCUUCAAAUAUAGCACCCUUAGUAAGAGAGGUAACUAAUUAAAUGGGGCCUUCAGCGACUGGAGGCCCUGUGCAGUGUGUGUAAUCUUAAUAUAGGUCUAACCCUCCUGAAUGGGAACGCAAACCCUUUUUUUUGUUGCUUACACACAAUCACCAUUAUUGCACUUUUGUGACGGUCCCUAAACCACGGAGCGCAAGAAAACAGUAUAUUGCCUCCUUUUUGGCUCUGAAGAUUUCGACUACCGGUAAAAACAAAAGAUGUACCUUGCUCUCUACCAUAACUUGAUUCUAGAAAUAUCACUCUCAUCAUCCUAGGACCUUCUGUCGGAGAGCUAUUGACGAGCAAACUGAAUAAAACAAAUUUACUGCUGUCUUUUGAUGACGGAGGAUUGUUUCGACCUUUCUUUUCCUAAAUAAGGUUUAACUAAUGCCAUACUUAAAAAAAUAGUGUUUACUUAGAGUUAAAAGAACUGUGGACUUUGACCCGUGUCAGAACAGCAGCAGCAACAUUCACAGGAAACAAAACAGCUGCGAGGACAAUCUUUGUGGAGUUGUAAAUUGGUUUGUUGUCGCUGUCCAUGGUGCUGAUGUUCCCGGAAUGGUGGAGACGCUAAGUAUCGCCGUUAUUGGAGCUCCCGGAGUCGGGAAAACUUCCAUAAUCCGUCAAUUUAUUUAUAAUGACUUCUCAGAGGCUUACACUCCAACCAGAGACAGGUAUGUGUACAGACCCUCUGUCAUUUUGAACGGUAACAUGUACGACCUGAAGAUUUUGGAUGUCCCGCCAAUUUCGUCGUUCCCCUCCAGCUCGAGCCAGGAGUGGCUGGACCUGCGUUGCAGAGGGGUGCGUAAUGCCAAUGCUUACAUCCUGGUCUAUGACAUAUGCUGUGUGGAGAGCUUUGAGUAUGUCAAGAUGAUCCGCCAGCAGAUCGUGGAGCACAGGGAGGGCAGCAGCAGUGAGGUUCCCAUCCUGGUAGUGGGAAGUAAGAGGGACCUGCAGCGCCAGCGCUUCACCCCUCGCAGGGCUGUCUCUGUACUCGUCAAGAAGACCUGGAAGUGUGGCUAUGUGGAGUGCUCUGCCAAGUUCAACUGGCACGUGGUCCUGCUCUUCAAAGAGCUGCUGGGCAUCGCUGUGACGCGCGGCAUGAAACAUAACCACACCCCUGGGAUCCGCCUACAAGGGGCACUGCAGAGGAACCGCUGCGCUGUCAUGUGACCCAGUGGAUUCCCCCCGCUGUAGGUUGAAGUUGCCCCUAGGCGCUAAUUUAGGGUCAGUUUCACUUUCCCCCAGUAAUGGCUAAGGCUAGGGUUGAGAAAGGGGAACAGGAUCCUAGAUCUAUACCUAGGGGAAACUUCACCCCGGAACAGUUCCUCCCCACCUGCAGUGUGUGCAAACCCACAGUUUCAUCCGCUGUCCAGUUGGCUGGUUUCAGAUGAUCCUGCACCUAUGCCAGAGCCAUAAGAGCCUCCCAGUCACACCUCAGGGUGAAUAAUAGGUAUAUGGAGAAGAUGACUUCAAUGUAAACGGCUGGAAAACACACUGAGGCCUCCUGCUUUACAGAGCUGAUUUUCUUAGGAGGUUUAUGUGACUCCUGUGCUGUAGCUACUAGGACUGACCUUUGGCCCAGUAUAAGAAGUACAUCUUUAUCACCUAUCGGAACACUCCAGUUCUGUCUCAAUGUUCCGAUUGAGAGAAAGGAAGAAGAGGAAGAGGAUGAAGAAGAGGGUUUGUUAAUGGAUUACCAGAAGUGGAGCAGCUGUAUCACUUCCAUAGCUCUGGUCCAAGUUAGACACACAAUUAUCACCACACCACCAGGUGUGGUACCGAGCUCCCCAGAUCACAAGGCAACAGCUCCUCAUACUGAUGGUUAUCUGUUGGUUUGAGAGCUUGGGGACUGUGUUCAUCUAGUGGAAAUAGGUACCAUUACUAACAUGACUGGAUAUUUCCUCUCCAUAUUAGGUUAUACAUGUGAAGGAAUGCAACUUCUUUAAAAGUCUUCCUUUUUCAAACCGUGUGUGGUAAUGUCAUGUGAGGUAGACAAAUGCCCUGGCUGUCGUACUUGAAAUUGCAUUAUUCUAAUGGCGAUAGAUGUAGAGUAGGAAAGCCUAGGUGAGAAGGGUAGUGUGGUAGCUGGUAAACAUAGGUGAGUCAACAAGAUAGAUGGCCUACUCUUGGUUUACCACAUGCACAUCCUACAUGCAGAAUAUUACGAAAUGCUCUGAGGCCAGGUUGAGUGGUACUGUAGCAGGACCAGAAACCCUUCUUAAGACAACAUAGUCCUCCAGAACACACCCACUAAGCAGUUAACCAUUUGAUGUCUUGCAGGUCACUUUUUUUCAAGAAUUAAACAAACAUUCACUAACAGUCAAACAUUCACUGUUCGAUACCAUUCCACUUAUUGUCACUAAUUGUGAUUGUUAUGAAAUCGUAGUACUGUCACUCCCUCUUCUCAUUUAAAGUGUAUUGUUUAGAGGAGGAUAUGAGGUUUUCUUGCAGCAAAAAACACUGC